CAUCUCCUUACUCAACGCUAUUUGGAAUUCCUUAUGUUCAUCCUCGUUUCUCAUUAGUCUUGCAGAAUAUAUAGCAUUCUCAAUAUGUCUAAAGGUCUCAGCGACAAGGCGAAGGGAAAGCAGCGCGCCGUCGAGCCCGUCGAAGAGCCGCCUUCACGCGACCUCAUGGUUCGGUUCACGGAAGGUGUCCCAGACCUCACCAUUCGAGUCGCGAAGAAGGACUCUGUACGAGACGUCAAGAACAACAUUCGCUUAGCUCGCCCGCAACUCAAAGACCGGCGCUUGCGCCUCAUUCAAUCCGGACGACUACUCACGGACGGGACUUUCUUGUACUCAUGGCUCGCUUCUCUUGAAGAACGACAACGGAGAGCUAAUGCUGCACGAGUGAGUGCCGGGGACGAAGACCUGGAAGUGCUGGGAGGGUCUGGAGUAAGGGAAGGGACGAGGCUGGAUGGGGGCGGUGGUGGGGCAGAAAACGGCCAAGGAGAUGGAAAUGGAGAUGGAGAUGCGACGAAGGCGGCAGCGAGUAGUAUAGCAUGGUUACACUGCUCUGUUGGGCCGAAGAUGGAGGAAGGAGAGACGGAGGAUGAGUUGAAACAGCAGGAGGCACAGCUAAAACCGCUCAGAGGGUUUGACCGUUUAGCUUCUGCAGGCUUCUCAGAAUUGGACAUCGCGAAUUUCAGGCGCCAAUUCCACUCUCGAACCUCGACAGAUUACCUCUCAACGACAGAAGAGUUCGAGAAUGAAGAAGCGUACGAAGAACAUGCUCGCGCUCUCGAAGAGCAGUGGAUAGAUUCCAUGGACAAUCCGGCCACAGCAUCUAUAUCCCAGAGCUCAUCAGGUGCUAGCGCCAGCUCCGCUAUGCUACAUGGGAUUCUCGUCGGAUUCUUCUUUCCACUCAUGCCCCUAUUCUUCUUCCGGGAGUCCAAAACUACGGCCGUGUUUUGGAACAACGGGGAAGCAGUGGAGGGGAUGGGAAGCGUUGUGUUUUCACGGCGGAUGCAAAUGGGUUUGGUCGUUGGUUUAAUUGCUAACAUUUGUUUUGGAUUCUGGAGGUACCUCUGGGGCUCCAUAUGAUUCUUGGUUAAGUUAUUACCUUUCUACUCGUAUGGGAUGGUUACGAAUGGAGUAUUUAUUGCCUCUCCGUUCGCC